AUGUCGGCAUCCAACACUACCAAAAAACCAGCAACUAGCGCUCCCCGAAAAAAGUCCGGCCCCAAAUUCGAACUAACCGAAGAACAGAAGAACGACAUAAGAGAAGCAUUCGACUUGUUUGAUAGCGAAGGCACCGGACGAAUAGACGCCAAAGAUCUUAAAGUAGCAAUCCGAGCCUUGGGAUUUGAACCAAAAAAGGAAGAAAUCAAAAAAAUGAUCGCCGACAUCGACAAAGAAGGAACUGGAAAAAUAUCCUUUGACGAUUUUCUGCAAUUAAUGUCCAUCAAGAUGGCCGAAAAAGACUCCAAAGAGGAGAUUAUGAAGGCCUUCAGGUUAUUUGAUGAUGAUGAAACAGGGAAAAUAAGCUUCAAGAACCUCAAACGGGUGGCCAAGGAACUAGGUGAGAAUUUGACUGAUGAAGAGCUGCAAGAAAUGAUUGAUGAAGCUGAUCGUGAUGGUGAUGGGGAAAUAAAUCAGGAUGAGUUUCUCAGGAUAAUGAAGAAAACUAGUUUGUACUGA